UCUAAGCUCAUGGAUGUUACAUAACAUCCAUGAGCAAAAAGGAACAUUGCUACCGAAAACAAUAAGUGCAACACUGGACCAUUGAUGUCAUUGCAAACGACAUUACGAGAUGUUAGUUCUCAGACCUUUCAGUUUGUAUGUGUUUUAUCGGGGCGCUUAGGCAAUGUUCUUGCAGAUAAACAAAUAUUUCCGCUGAAAACACCGAGUCUGCCUUUAUUUAUUACAGACAAAAUAGAUAUCAUGUCACAAUAUUGAUUGGGCCACUUGAAAGGACUCAGAAAGAGAUUAUUGAAGUGACACGAAUGUAAGAAAGUUCCAAGAAAACCGGACAUGGCUGUCAACAGUCAACAAUUAUGGUGGAUUUAUAACAAAAAUGUCUAUCUCAAAUAUAGGUAAUCAAUUGACUAGAUUAAAAAUGAGUGUUAAGCGAAUUUCUUUGAAAGAAAUUGUUACAGAUAGCGUGACCUCUUGCACUUGAAGGAGUUACAGAGAGAAAUAGCACAACAUGACGGGUGAUUCGCUUCGCGUACAAGUAUUUUCUCGACAUAUUUAGGUUUCUGGGAAAACGUAGUUGAUGUUUAUGAAAGGAUUGAACACAAAAGUAUUUAUCCCUCCAAAUCCCAGUGAGUUUUACAACAUUAAGAAACUUCAUUUUACAGAAUCUCGAUUUUCUUAAAUCGGCAAUCACGCUUUCCAGUCGCACUGUCAGGCGGACUGAUUUCUACGGAUAAAAUAACUGAAAAGUAUUAAUAGUAUGCAAACAUGACCUGGGUACUCGAAAAUAGAGUCACGACAACAUUUCUGAGAAAAGCCGGAACAUUUAAAUGUCCCAAUCGAAAACGAUUUUCAAUAUUUGCAUUCAUAUAAUAAUAAAGAAAUUAGUCAAAAGGAAGGAAAACUUUGCCUUUGACAAACUCUGGAAGAAGGCUUGGUAUUAAGAAAGGAGCUGUCGCAAAUCAUGAUUAAAGUCGGCUGAAAGAAACCCUCAGGACUCGACGCUUGUCAAACGAGGCACGGUGACAGGCGAUUCUAGGAAAUUAUAACACCAGCGGCGCAUGAUCUAUUAUUCUGAUAUCAACACGAAACGAAAGCUUAAUUUCCAUAAAAAAUAUUCGCUGCUUGUCGAUGCUCCGACAACCCCAGAGCGAAAAUGGAUCGUGUCCGUAAUGCGUUUGGCUUUGGACCACGAUUUAAAGCCGUCUACAUGUUUAAAGAUGACCUUGACAUGAUGGAACGCUUGGUUCUUCUUCACCCAGUCAAAGAGACUGGUGGAAAUCUGUUUGGGCUGUGGACUGACGACCAAGAACCUGUAGUACACAUUGUGCUUGGGCCAGCCAUUGGCUGCAAACGGACAGAAGUUUCCUUCUAUCAGAGCAUUCCAUAUCUAGAGCGUGUUGGUGGAAUCGUGACACAGGAAUACCAGCUUUGCCAUAUUGGAGAGUGGCAUUCACACCAUCGAUUGAGUCUAUCGGAGCCAAGUUCGGGUGAUUCAUCGACAGUGAUUCACAAUUUUCCCAGAGGAACAUGUGCGUUUCUUCUCAUCAUUGCCAAUAUACUUCCAAAUGGCAACGUUACCCUGUUACCAUACUUUUACAGGGAAGGGCGGACUAGUUACGAAAAAGGAGAGAUCAAGCCACUUCAUGGCCAGAGUCCAUUCCGCAACGUCGAGAAAAUUUGGAGGAACAUUCAUCAAGAUCAAGAUAUGAGUUCAACAGCCAACGAACAGCGGCCGAGAGAGGCUCAUAGAAGAAAUAGAGACGAAGGUGGUGGGCCUGCCGUUUACAUGUUUGAAGAAGAUAGGAAGAUGAUUGAAGGGUUGCUUUGCGAACGCAGCAGUGGGAAAAUCAACGGCGAGGGAGAAUUGCUCGGUUUGUGGACAACGCAAAGACAGCCGGUGCUGCACAUCGUCCUCAAGCCAACAGAGAAGACCAAAGAGAAGGGAGGAGAGGGCUUGUCUAAGGAGUACCUUCCCUUGCAGAAUAUUGGAAGGUAUGUUCUGUAUGAUCAUCUCCUGGAAAAUGCUAACGAGUCUACUCCGGGACAGGCUCCUAGUAUCUCCGACGAUUUUCCAUAUGGCGGCGUUUUGAUAGCAGUUUACCCCAAGGCGAACGAUGAAGUUGGUCUGACAGCCUAUAUCUACCACGGAGGUGAAGAUACUGGCCGCCAGCCAUGCCAUGUAAGUUUCCUCCACGGACCAAAGACAUUCCAUGAAAAGCAAAAGACAGACAACAAGGUCGAAGAAAGUAAAACGGCAGAAGGAAGUGAUCUGAUCGAGUUCAACUCCUCCCCCCCAAGACACCACAGUCCGAACUUCACUCAACACAUAACCUGAUGGAUCACGCCUCAGUCAUCCUAAUCUGAAUACAAUACAAUGCAAUACAAUACAAGUUUUAUUGUCCACUCCCCAUGGGGGCUUUUCAGAGACAAUGAUAAAAUACUGAAAAAUUAUUAACAAAAUUACCUACAUAUAAGAUUUAUGACAUUAAGAACUGAUUUAAAAGGACAGCGCUUUCAUUUUACGUUUAAAAAUAGUAAGAGAGCCACUUAGUUGGACUAGUAAGAUAUAUGCAAGGUUGCGACAAUUUAAUUCAUAUUUUUCUUUCCCAGUUUUUGUGUUCUAUUUGCCCUCAAGGAAGCCAAAAUGUUGACGAAACUAGAGAACAUCUACUUUUGUGGCAGCAGUCACAAAGUCGGUCAAU